AUGUCCAGAUAUAUCUGUAAAAAACAUCCAUCACCAGUUUGUGGAACAAAUUGGGAAUGGGUUGCUGCAACCCAACAUUGUUACCAGUUCUCAGAAGAUAGUUUAAAUUGGUCUGAUGCCAGGUUAGAAUGUAAAAGAGAUGAUCACAUCACAGCUCGUGAGUUGAGUUAUAUCUGGAUUGGUUUAAACGAUCAAUCACGAACAGGAUUCUGGCAAUGGUCAGAUAAUUCGACCCUUACAUCCCUCAACUGGAUAAAAGGUAAUUAA